GACCCGGAACUCGCGGGAGCGCAGCUGCGGUUCCGGCCGGAGUUAUUUGGCGUUGCCCGCUGACAUGGCUGCGCCCGUAUUAAGGGGUGUUCGGAAGCUGCUGAAACUUGCGGACUUCAGGCCGGUCCCGCGGCGACACCGGUAUAAGAAGAAAUGGGCUACCACAGAACCACACUUCCCCGCCAGUCGUCUUGCUCUGCAAAAUUUUGACAUGACUUACAGUGUACAAUUUGGGGAUCUCUGGCCAUCAAUCCGCGUCAGUCUUCUCUCAGAGCAGAAGUACGGUGCACUGGUCAAUAAUUUUGCUGCUUGGGAUAGUGUGAGUGCUAAGCUGAAGGAGCUGAGUGCCAAAGACUUUGUGAAUGAAGCCUUCUCUCACCGGGAGCUGGAGCCUGAGAGCGGCCUCUCUCCAACUCAGUCCCUGGAUUGCAGCCCAAACCUUCGAUGCUUCACCUUUUCCAGAGGGGAUGUCAGCCGCUUCCCUCCUGCCAGACUUGGCAGCCUGGGUGUCAUGGACUACUACCUGAUGGAUGCUGCCUCCUUGCUCCCUGUCCUGGCUCUCGGUCUGCAGCGCGGAGACACUGUGCUCGACCUGUGUGCAGCUCCUGGGGGGAAAACACUGGCAUUGCUUCAGACAGGCUGUUGCCGCAAUCUAGCUGCCAACGAUCUCUCCACUUCCCGAACAAGCAGACUACAGAAGGUCCUUCACAGUUAUGUGCCUCAAGAUAUCAGGAAAGGGAAUCAAGUUCGAGUCACCUCAUGGGAUGGCAGGAAGUGGGGAGAACUGGAGGGGGACACCUAUGACAGGGUGUUGGUGGACGUGCCGUGCACCACAGACCGCCACUCCCUGCGUGAGGAAGAGAACAACAUCUUUCAGCGGUCAAGGAAGAAGGAGCGGCAGAUGUUGCCCAUGCUGCAGGCGCAGCUUCUCGCGGCUGGACUCCUUGCCACCAAACCGGGAGGUCAUGUUGUCUAUUCCACUUGCUCGCUGUCACACUUACAGAAUGAGUAUGUGGUGCAAGGUGCCAUUGAGCUUCUGGCUAAUCAGUACAGCAUCAAUGUUCAAGUGGAAGACCUGUCUCACUUCCGGAAGCUUUUCUCGGACACAUUCUUUUUCUUCCCAUCCUGCCAGGUUGGGGAGCUGGUAAUACCAAACCUCAUGGCCAAUUUUGGGCCUAUGUACUUCUGCAAAAUGCAAAGGCUGCCAUAGUGUCGGCCUGUUCCCGAAGUAGGAAGACAGUGGCGGUCGGAGGAAGUGAAACUGAGACCAGCAAAAGAGAUGCAUCCUAAGGCGUGUCUCCAUCCUGCUCGUUUUUGUAAAGAGGGUUAUAAACGGGACUGCUGCCCAACUGUG